GUAGGUAACAGAGAUGUGUUGGCCAGCCCAGGCUCCUAUUUCUUUUUAUCCAACAGCGCCGGUCAGGGUGACGAGUGGCUGAAGAGCCUUAACAAGGGUGUCUGGAUCCCUUUCACGGGGGUCUUUGGUCAGCGCCUGGAGGAAACGGUGCUGUAUGAGCGGCGUUAUGGGGUGCGUUUGGUUCCUCUGGUGGUGGAGCAAUGCGUGACCUUCAUUCGAGAGCGAGGUCUGCAUGAAGUGGGCUUGUUUCGCCAGCCUGGACGGGCCAGUUUAGUCAAAGAGCUGCAGGAGGCUUUCGAUUCAGGAGAGAGGCCAUCCUUCGAUAGUAACACAGACGUCCACACGGUGGCAUCACUGCUGAAGCUCUACCUCAGACAGCUGCCUGAACCGCUGGUUCCUUACAGCCACUACCAGGACUUCCUGCUCUGUGGCCAAAAGCUGUCAAGUGACCGCACACUGGGUUUGAGGGAGUUAAGAAUUCUUCUUCAUGAGUUACCAGUUGCAAACUUCAACCUGCUCAACUUUAUCUGCCAGUUUCUGACUGAGGUCCACAGUUACUCCUGCACCAACAAGAUGAGUGUCCAGAAUUUGGCCACCGUGUUUGGACCAAACAUCCUCCGAGCCAAAGCUGAAGACCCACAAAGCAUCGUGGGAGGUGCAGCGCUGGUCCAGGUGUUAAUGUUAGAGCUGAUCACAGAACACGAGUCUCUGUUUGCAAAAAUUUCUCCACCCAUCUAUGCCCGCCCAACUAGAAGUUCACAUGGAUCUCCAAGCGCUCUGAAGCAGCCUCAUCUCCACCCGUUUCCCUGCCCUCGCCAGCUGUCUUUGCCUCUCAUAGCGGAGCGUUUCAGGGAGACGGGACAGCCUGCUGCAGACGCAGAGAGCUCCAGCUGUGCCUUCUCAGCUGCUGCCAAAUCAGACUUGUCUUCCGGUCCGAAAAGGAAUCUCGGACAUCGCUACACCUCCUCCCACCCGGGGAACUGUUUCUACCCCACACCCUCCUCCAGUCAGCCCACUCAGCACCACUCUGACAGACAUAACGUCGACUGUCACCAACAUAACACUCACCAAAUAGCACCCAGUGGAAAUGUUCAAGCCUCUGAAACCAGCUUCCAGGUGCCAGAAAAUUCUAAGCCCAGACCAGAGCUCAUGGGCUGGACCAAAGUUUGGCCAGGCCCAGGAGAGGCCAGCUCUGCUUUCUGGAGCUCUGCUGGUGCUGAGGAAGAGGGUGCAGUGCCAGAAACAGCCAGUGGGGGCAGCAGUGAGGGUCAGGAGGAGAGCACCCCUUCCGCCUAUGACAAUCUGAGCAAAGUGUCUCUACACCCACCAAUGAUGGAUGUCACUGAUGGACAUUUGAAAAUGAACUCUUCCGGAGGCCACAUUGGAACUGGUGAAGAUGAGGCAGAGCUUGAAGAAGUGCAGCGCACGAGGGAUUCCUCUUCAUGGUCUUCCUGCGAGGUUUUACCAUUGGAUGAAAGCAGUGAUGAUGUCGGUGUAGUUAGUCCAGUCAGAAAUGGAGGGUUGCCUUCAAAUCAGGAAGCAGAGAAGGAAAACAGUGACAAAGACGAUCAUGAAGAUAGCAACGAGGAUGAUGAUGAAAACAGUGAUAACGACCAUGACGACCACACCCACCACCCAAACUCUCCAGCCUCGGGUUCAGUACGCAGUGGCAGCCCUCUUAGUACAGGCAGCUCAGAUGUCUUCCUUCCCUCAGGUUCUCCUGAUCUCCAGGGGGCUGAAGAUCAUCUACAACCCAGGGACACCCACUCACUCCUGGAUGAGCUGCGGCAAAGGAUGGCCCAGCAGAAGUCUGAGUACCAGACCAGGAUACAGAGGUUGGAGCGCUGCAAUGACGUCCUUGAGAGGCAGGUUGCAGUCCUGCGGGCCAGCCUGGAGCAGCAGAAGCGCAGCCAAAGUGUUGCUGAAAUCAAGAUUCGCAAGAUGGAGCGAGCCAAAGCAGACGCCGACCGCCGAAACACCAAACUGCAGAGAGACAUGGAGCUGUUUUUCCAGAUGUAUGGAGAUAUCAGGAGAAGUGAAGAAGACAAAAAAGGGAGAGUAGGAGGGAGUAUCUGAAGAUGUGUAUUGACAGAUCUGGAUAAGCCUGCAAUGGAGGGCACUAAACAGUGUGAAAGGAGGAGGGGGAGAAAGACGCUCUCAGCAUGGACGUCGACCUUCUCCAAGUUGAAAACGUCACAGAUGACCCACACAUCUGAGAUGCUUGGAUUACGAUGUGUUAUGACCACAUGUCAGAGAAUUCCAGCUUUGUUCACUUUUUGUGUCCAUGUAUUAGAGGGAACACUAAUGCUGGUCUUCUCUAAAACUAUGCUUAGGUGGACUGCUCGAUCUAUCGCUGCCCAGUUACUCGACUUUCUUCUUGGAUUUUCAGGCUGCUGCAGAGUCACAGAUACACCUCAGAGAUAUUCUAACACGAGCUUCCUGACGUGGAUUAUGACCUGGCAUAUGAGGAAUAUGUCAGGAUAUUCAGAAAGACAGAACUCAGGUGACCAGAUCCCAACAAACAAAUGUAGGACAAAGACUGUUUGUGUGGAACAAUGUGGGACGCAUAAUCUAAAUUUUGAUAUUGAUUUGACUUUCCCAGCGUUUCCUGCUGAGUAAACAGUAACCAUAAAGAGAAGCUAAAGUGGUUUUUCAGUGAUCAUCUCUAGGUUGUUGUUGGCAUGCAUCCAUAAACCACAUAGAUCUUUUUGAACAAGCUCACAUGCACUUUCAUAUUUUUCAUCCUACAAAAUUAAAAAACCUUUCCCCAAAAUGUCUUUCAUCAAAGUGAGCCGGUAUCAACUUUGUUGUCCUAAAUGGAAAGACUGGUUUGAAAUAACAUUUGUUUCACAGGUCAAAUCAUCAGAGCAGUCUGGGUUACUUUGUAAAGAUCUCUGAGUCAGGUGGACCAACACUGGCUGACAGACUGUUUUACGUCAUGUACGGACUGGAUGUGGUUAAACAUGACUUCUGUUUUUUAGGGAACUAGACUGACACACGCUGCAGGAAAUCUCUGAGGCUCGAGAUGCACUGCAACAGAAGCAGAGGGGAAAUGUUUUUCUUUCUACAGUGUAGU